AUGGAUAUUGCAAUAAAUGAUGUUGCUGCCAUUAUACAUUACCCUCGUACUAUUUGUCGUCUCUUACUCCAUCAUCAUAAGUGGAAUAAGGAUAGUUUGCUUGAACAAUUUUUUGAGGAUACAAAUACAGAAGAAUUUUUCCGAAAAGCAAAUAUUUAUUAUGAAUCUGGUUCGUUUCCUCGCAAAGAAAGUUUGCGAGAUACGGUCGAAAUGUGUGAAAUCUGUUGUAAUUGUUCAAUUUUGACUGGUCUUGAAUGUGAUCAUAAGUUCUGCAUGAAUUGUUGGGAUGCUUAUUUGUCUAGCAGAAUAAUGAAUGAUGGUCAUGCAUAUAUUCCAUGUCCUCAACAAGGAUGUUCAGUAAUAGCCGAUGACGAAAAAACAUUGGCACUCAUAAAAAAAGAGGAAGUAAGGAAGAGCUAUCGACACCAUAUAAUAAGUAGUUUUGUUCAGUGCAAUCGCUUAUUGCGUUGGUGUCCAGCUACGGAUUGCGGACGCGUCUUGAAAGUGUCUCAUUCAAGCGCACAACCAGUUAAAUGUAAAUGUGGACAUACAUGUUGCUUUUCAUGUGGACACGAGUGGCAUGAACCGGUGAACUGUAGAUUGUUAAAACUUUGGCUUAAAAAGUGUAGUGAUGAUAGUGAAACAAGUAACUGGUUGUCUGCAAACACGAAAGAAUGUCCUAAGUGCCAGGUGACUAUUGAAAAAGACGGAGGCUGCAACCAUAUGACGUGUAGAAAUAGUUCUUGUAAAAUGGAAUUUUGUUGGAUGUGUUUGGGACCAUGGGAACCUCAUGGUAGUUCCUGGUAUUCAUGCAAUCGAUAUGAUGACACUUUAGCAAAACAGGCUCGUGAUGCUCAAGAAAAAAGUCGUGCAGCUCUUCAACGAUAUUUGCACUAUUAUAAUCGAUUUAUGAAUCACCAGCAAAGUUUAAGAUUUGAGCAUAGAAAUUACUUAACAUUUCCUUUUCAGCUCUAUUCUACAGUUAAAGGAAAGAUGGAAACUAUGCAACAAGCCAAUAUGUCGUGGAUUGAAGUCCAGUUUCUUCGUACUGCUGUCGAUGUUCUUUCGGAAUGUCGUCGUACAUUGAUGUAUACAUAUGCUUUUGCCUUUUAUUUAGUCAAAGAUAAUCAAUCAACAAUUUUCGAGGACAAUCAGCGUGACCUUGAACAUGCUACUGAACAGCUUUCGGAAUUUCUUGAAAGAGACCUGGAACAAGAGAAUCUGGUCUCACUAAAACAGAAAGUGCAAGACAAAUAUCGUUAUGUUGAACAGCGUCGAACAACUCUUUUACGGCAUUGCGCCGAAGGCUUCGAAAAAGGUUUUUGGAAUUUCACUAAGUGA